UUCCCUUUGAGGAGGCUCUAGCUGGCAGUGGGGUCCCUGACGUUAGUGUUGCUCCCUGGCCGCCUGCUGUCUGGACCAUGGCUGCACAGCAGGUUAUAGUUCUGCUGGCUCUCGCCUCCCUGGGUGUCGCAUCUAAACCGGACUGUAAAGAGCUGGUCAAGCCUCUGGUGCUGGACAGCCACAGCCCUAUUUAUGGAAAGUGGGUGCUUCACGUGGCAUCCUGGGACGAUCCGGGCCUGAAGGACGACAUAUUGUCAGUGAACAGCUCCUGGUUGGAUGUGUCAGCGUCCUCGGAGAGCGGCGUCAUCACUAUCUACUGGGCUGACCGCCUGAAUGGAAAUAAAUGUCUUCAGGGCAUAGCCAACGCCACCAUCUCAGGAAUGACAAGUCACACCACCUAUAACAUCAAUGGUCACACUUCCUAUCAUGACGGGAAGUACUAUGAGACCUGUAGCAACUGCCUCCUGUCUGAAGACACCACUCUCCUCCCUGACGGCAAGUCAAAGGGGCGAUACUUCUUCCUGUUCACACGGACCGGCGCUCUGGAAGCUUCUGAGUUGGAGACCUUCAAGAACCAGGCAGAAUGUCUUAAAUUCCCCUCAGAGUACCACUUUACAAGCGAAGAUCUUUGUCCUGAUGACAGGGCGACCGCGUCAACUGCCGUCAAGAAUACAGAGAAAGAGCAACCUGAGAUAGAGCCUAAUGUGCAGUAAAGUAGAGCAAAGAGGUGCCACAGCUCUCUGAACACCAAGAUAAAUCUUCCUUUAAAUGUACUAAAUAGUGCUGUAGUGUGAUCUACAUGUGCUGCCAUACAAUGUUGUGCUGCAUAAUAACUUUUUAAUACACUAUGUUGUCUUUCCAACUAAGAAAAAUCAAGUCUAAAUGCCCAGUUUAAAUCCUUUUAGUGGUAUUUGUACAAAUCUAGUUCCCACUGGUUGUGUGCGGCAAAUAAAAAGGACUAACUUCUC